AUGUCGCUAACAAAUUAUUAUUCCAUGAUGGGGCUGCAGACUGAGGAGCCGUACGGUGCGCAUUUCCUCCCGGCAGGCUUGCAGGCGUCGACGGCCGGCUGCGCAAAGCCAACCCGCGGCGCGGACGACGAGGAGGGGACACCCGGCUCCCACAUUCCGGAUUUUGCUCACUUUCCCAAUAAGCAAAGCGGACUGAAUGGCUUCUCACCGUGGACGACGGCGGCUACCAACCCCUCCUCGGCGUCGUCGCCCUCCUCCCCACCGCUGCAGGCCGCCCCGGGCGCGUCCAUCUCGGGACUUUUCCACCCGCACCACCUCCUCAGUCACCACCACCACCAGCAGGCGCCGCCACCCCCGCCUCAUCUCCAGCCCCAGCAGUCCCCUUACUACGCCCCGCAGCCGCACGCCGAGCACCUCGCCCCGGCUUCGGAGGGCCGCUUCGUCCGCUGCUGGGAGGGCCCGGCCGGGGAGGCUAGCUUCGCCGCCUGCCUGCCCCCGGCGCAGGGCUGCUCGUCCAAUUCGAGCCCGAGGUUCGAGUCCGUGAAGCCAGACAGUUCUCCGCCUCGCUCCACUCGCGGAAGCCCCGGGGACUCCAGCUUCGCUAGCCCGGGUGACGUGGUGCUCGAGCGGCUGGGGACGGCGGAGGAGCUCCGCGGGAAGCCAGAGCCCAAGAAGGAGGACGAUGACGAAGACGAAGACAGGAGGAAAGCGCGACCAUCGCAACCUGACUCAGAGAACCCGUCCGCCAGUUGGAUCCACGCUAAGUCUACCCGCAAGAAGCGUUGCCCCUACACCAAGCACCAGACUCUGGAGCUGGAGAAGGAGUUCUUGUACAACAUGUACCUAACUCGCGACCGGCGCUUGGAGGUGGCCAGACUCUUGAACCUGACUGAGCGGCAGGUCAAAAUCUGGUUCCAGAACCGGCGCAUGAAGAUGAAGAAGCUGAUGAUCCGGGAGAGGAGGAGCAUCAAUGAAUAG